UGUUUUUUGAUUGUUGGUAUUUGCCAAAGCUUAAUCCUUUAUUCAUCCUAUCAAAUAUUUUCAGUGACGCUGACGCCCAAAUUUAUUACAAUAUGCCGAAGAAGUUGGGGGUAAACAGCAAAGCCGAGGCGGCGCGUGCUUGCAAGAGUGCCACCGAAGCCGAACGGAAAGAUCGGGAAACCCGGGAGAAAGAAGAGCAGUAUUGGCGCGAAGCCGAGGGUUCUAAAUCCAAGGCUGCCAAGAAACGCGAGGAAGAAGCUGAGAAACGAGCUGAAGCCGCCGCUCGCCGGGCUGAGGCUCGCCGUCAAGCUGAGAUGGAAGAGAAGGAGAUCGACAAAGCUUUGAAGAAACCGGAUAAGAAGGCAAACCGUGUGUCGAUUCCUGUGCCGAAGCUGACGGAAGCGGAGGUGCAGAAGAGGAGAGAUGAGCAGCAGGCGGAGAUGGCGAAGAAAGCAGAGGAGGCGAAGAAGAGUCAGAGUAGGACUGCGGAGGAAGAAGAGUAUGAGAGGAUGGUGUUAGUGACAAACACGAACAGGGAUGAUUCGUUGAUUGAAGCAAGGAGUGUGGAGGAGGCGAUUGCACAGAUGUGUGUGACGGAUAACCUUCCCCCGGAUCGCCAUCCUGAGAGGCGGCUUAAGGCUUCCUUCAAGGCAUUUGAAGAAGCUGAGCUUCCCAGGCUUAAAGAAGAUAAGCCGGGUCUUACUCACACUCAAUACAAGGAUAUGAUAUGGAAACUAUGGAAGAAAUCUCCUGAUAAUCCUCUAAACCAGGUUGCCGAGUGAUCACUGCAAAAUUUUUCUCAGGCUAGAAUAGCAGGCGAGAUUUGUGUUUAUAAACUUAUGGGGGUUCUGGCCUACAAUAUGUGCAGUGUUUACUUUAUGCUUAAAACUGAUUAAAACUCGAGUAAUCAAAUAAUACUAGCCCUUUAUUAUUACUGUUCAGGAUCUUACAUUUGUUGUUUAGUUAGUU